CUUGGGGAUUGGCUGGGCUGGGUCGGAGCAGAUCCAAUCAGCAAGCAGCGCGCGCACAGGGCCUGGGCGGGGAAGUCCGGUCUGCGGCCGGCUGAGGCGACCUGAAGGCUCCGGCUCUGCGCUGAUCACUGGAAACUGAGGCACAGACGGUUUAAGUGACUUGCUCAAGGUUACACAGCUUAUUUUCUUAUAAGGCUAAGAAAAUUAUAAGGCACAUGUCAGUGAAUCAGCAAGAUCUAGAUCCAGAUAGUACUACAGAAGUGGAAGAUGUUACAGAUGCUGAAGAAGAACUUAUUAAAGAAUGUGAAGAACUGUGGAAAGAUAUGGAAGAAUGUCAGAAUAAACUAUCACUUGUUGGAACUGAGACACUCACUGAAUCAAAUGCUCAGCUAUCAUUAUUAAUUAUGCAAAUGAAAUGUUUGACUGCUGAACUCAGUCAAUGGCAGAAAGAAACUCCUAAAAUAAUUCCACUGAAUGAAGAAGUUCUGCUAACAUUAGGAAAAGAAGAGUUCCAAAAAUUGAGACAUGAUCUUGAAUUGGUACUCUCCACUAUUCAGUCAAAGAAUGAAAAGUUAAAGGAAGACCUGGAAAGGGAGCAACAAUGGUUGAAAGAACAGCAACAGCUCCUGGAAUCUCUUAAUGUACUACACAAGGAAUUGAAACAGCAGGUUGUGACAGUUUCUGAAUCAAGAAUCUUUAAUGAACUAAAAACUAAAAUGCAUGAUAUAAAAGAAUAUAAGGAGAAACUCUUGAUUACCUUGGGUGAGUUUCUAGAAGACCAUUUUCCUCUGCCUGAUAGAAAUGUUAAAAAGAAAAAGAAAAACGUUCAAGAAUCCACUGCACAGCUGAUAACACUGCAUGAAAUGUUAGAGAUUCUUUUAAAUAGAUUAUUUGAUGUUCCACAUGAUCCAUAUGUCAAAAUUAGUGAUUCUUUUUGGCCACCAUAUAUUGAGCUGCUCCUGCGUAAUGGAAUUGCCUUGAGACAUCCAGAAGAUCCAACCCGAAUAAGAUUAGAAGCCUACCAUCAGUAAAAGGAUGGUCUCUUUUUCACACAGUACUCGAAAGAAUUUUGUCAUUCAAGGAUAAUGGAAACAUUGAGGAUUACUUGGAUAAAGAAUAUUAUUUGCAAAUCAAAGCACAUAGUCCAUCUUUCUUUUAUCCUUAAAAUGACACAUGCUGUCAUCUCCUAUUCAUUUAAAAAUGGUCCUUUCACAUUCAGGAAGUGCUUUGGUGUUUUAAACUAGAUGGACAAGAAUGCAAGUAAAAAAUAUUCUAGACUUAAUCAUUAUAAAACAUUUAAUGUAUCUUACUUUUGCAAUAUUCUUUGGAAAAUUCUUUGCUAAUUUAUGAUAUUACUAAUGUAAUAUUUUCCUUUUAAAAUUUAUGACAGUUUCCAUUUUGCAUUUUGAGUUGUAGUUGAUGCUUCACCUCCUUUAAAUUUAGGAAUUAUAAUGGAAAGCCCUUUAAUUUGCAGAUGGCUUUAAAAUUGACUUAGUAUCUGAUGUAGAAGGAAGUGUAAUUUAAAAGUGUUUAGUAAAUUUGUUCCAUGUAUACUGUCUUAUUUCUAGAUUUGCUAAAAAUUGGAAUAUAAAAAACUAAUGGAUAAAGAUAGCAUGAAAACUAUAUUUUAAUGUAUAUUAUAUAACAAGUGAUAUUAUAUAUUAACCCACUCUUGACUUUGUUAAUCAUUACUAACAAAAUUGUGUUCAUAAAAUUUUGUUUAUCCACUGUGACUUUUCUGUAAAUAAAAUUCUGUCAUCUAAAAAUCUCUAGCUGUUUUGGUGAUGUGGCAUGAUAUUUUAAUAAGUUAAAUAGGCUUUUUGUAGGUAGAUAAAUGAAAAUAUUAUAGGACUUAUUCAGGCUUACAUACAAGCUACACUAGAGAAUUCCAAACCAAUUUAGUAUCAUUAGUUUUUUAAGAGGACUUAGUGUGUACUUUUACAUUUGAAAAUGCUUUUUAGUAUAUAUCAUUCAAGUUUCUUGCUUAAAUACUUCAUCUUUUUUAAAGUAAGCAAAUAAUAUUCCAAGUAUACUUUGUCCCUUCUAUAGGAAAUACAAAUACUGUUAUAUUUUAGUGAAUGUAAGUUCUUUUAUGGGAAGAUGACAUAUAAAGUACCUUCCUAGAAUACUCUAGUUGGGAGUCAAAGAAUGAGCAACUUUUAUUCCUUGAAGUUACUGGAGAAGGGAGAAAUGGUUCUGGCAGUAUAAGUCUGACGGUAAUUCUACAGAUCAGGCAGAGCUGUUGUCGGGGACUUCCCUGUGUUGCGAAUUACAGAAAGAAAUAAAUAAAAGCAAAAAACAACUUGAUGAUUUAUUUGGCAAGUAUUCAUUUUGCAUUUUACUGAAGAAUCUACUGGUUAGGAUCAUUUUACUACAGUGUCUUUUAUAAGGCUCUAAAGAAAACUAUGAUGAUUGCAUCCUACUUUAAUUCAUUAACCCAGGCUUCUUACAUAACAAGAUUAUUUGCCUACUUUUGAUCUCAAUCAUAAACAAAGUAAAUUAUAGUGGAAUUAGUCUUGAUUUGUACUCCAUCUAAGCUUACAGCCCUUAAAGCUUUUUGUGGUUUUGAGUAUGUUGGAGAAAAUGUUUCAGGUUCUGAAGACCUGUAUGUAUUUUCACUCUUCAUUGAUUUAAGAAAAUCGCUGAAAUCUAUUAAAACUUAGAAUUUGUUUUUAUUUCACCAGGUCUUAAAUAUGAUAAUGCAAAAUAUCUGAAAGUAAUACCACAUUCUAGCUUUCCCACACCAGAUGGUGAUGUUAGCCUAACUUAGAAACAAAAAUUUGUUUUGGUCUACCACAAAAUAUAUUUAACUUUGUGAUUGGUUGAUAUGUAUGCAUGGAUCGAUUUGGGAGAAAUUAAAUCUCUAUUUGGUUCAAAAUUCAACCCAGUUGAAUAUGACCUUCUUGAGUCUUAUUCUGUAUUUUAUAUGGUUGUACAUCUAUAUUAACAUUUUUGACUCCCUUAUUUUCCUUAGUUUACUUUGUUGUUCAUUUAGCUAACUUUUAGUUUAAUUCUUUUUGCUUUUACCAAGAAUUAUAUUUUUCAAUUCUAUGCAAUAUCUUACCUCACUUUAUUUUCUGAUAUUUACUAGUAAGUGAUUAAUAAUAAUAACUGAAAUAAGAAUGGUGAAUGAGAUGUCCUGUUGCCCUUUUGGUAUUUUCUAAUCAAAACAUUAAAAAUAUGUAAUCUUUAUGCUUAUGAUGCCUACUGAUAGACUGUAUUUUUUCUAAAGUUUUUGUGGGUCUGUCAAUAUGCCACCACUUGCUAAAUGCAGCAUCCCAAUACUUUAUUGUUAACCUUUUAUGACAUGUGGACUCAGAAGCAUCAAUUAGUAAAGUGAAAAAUUGCAUACUAUUACCUUAUUUUUAAUAUUUUUCUUCAUUUGUUCUUUGUCUUCUACCUUGUGUGGAUUGAAUAUCCCUUUUUAUGGCAUUCAGAGAUUUUAAUUUUUAUCUGAUUUUCAAUUAUACAAAAAAAUGAAUACAUUCGUUUUUGAAAAAUUAUUACAGAUAUUACAGAUAAAUCUACGUUUCCUUUGACCACAUUUGGAAUUUGGGUUCCCCAUACCAAUGAGGUAGCCACUGUUUGAUACAUGCUAUUAAUUUUCAGCUUACAUUAUCAUCUUUUCCUACCAUUUAACUGUGUCAAGAAUAUAAUAAAAUCCAUGUUAAUGAAUCUUCUUUUGUAGUAAUCACAGAGCCAAUUCACAUCACAGUGGGUUAUUACAUAUCUGUUCACUAUCCCCAUAUAAAAUUUCUGCGUUACAGUGUUUAAUGUUAAUACAAGUCUUUAGUAUAAAAAUAUAAUUUGAUUUGUUCAACUGUAUUAAUUUUGUUGAAAGAUAAUUAUGGUUAAUAUAAUUUUAAAAUAGUUUUUUAACUUUUCUGAGUAAUAAAUGAUUCUUUUGAACCCCA